CCUAUUUAAAGGUUCCCACGCGGUUUACGAUGUUUGACUAACCAUAAAGUUCACUGAUCCCUGUCAUUAGUAGAAUUAUUUUUAGUAAAUAAAAUUUACAUAUUCAGAAACUACAUUAAAAGUUCUAUAAUACCUGACAAAAAAAUGAAAUUUAAUAAAAGUUAUAUAUGGGCCAAACUCACUCACUGCAAAUACCCUAGAGGACCCCUAAUACCCCCUAAACCCACAGACUCGACCAUUUGGAAGAGAAUUUGCUCGGUCAAUCACCAAGGUUUUUCACUUACCUCAACUAACUCCUCGGGGGGCAUAAUUUGGCAGCCCACUAAAGAUGGUAAGUUCAGCUUCUCAUCAGCUUAUGACGAAGUUAGACAAUGUCAACCAUCUACUUUCUCUGUUAUUCACACCUGGAACAAACAACAACACAUGAAAGUAAAACUUUUCCAAUGGAAACAACUUAAUAACCUUCUGCCCUUACCAAAAAACCUUAUCAAACUCCAAAUUUCUACACUACCCUCACUCUGCCGUUUCUGCAGAAAAGACAGUGCCCUCUCCUCACACAUAUUCUACCACUGCCCCAUUAUCUCUCCUAUUUGGCACUAUUUUAUGGGUCUUUUUCAUAUUAAUCGCCCUAAUUUCCUGUGCUCUCCUAGACAAAUUUAUUUUUCCUGGUGGCUGGAAGUUAGGGGCACUACUUUGAUGGACACCUUCAAGAUCAACCUACCAGGAAUCAUCUCUUGGCAUAUAUGGAAACAUUAUGCAGAAUACAAUUGGGACUCCUCAUGGCACACCUUUAAACCAGAUAGAGUUAUUCAACAAAUCAAACACUUCACUCAAGACUGGUCAUGGAAUCUUCGGAUAAGGAACAUCAACAAUCAAUGCGACAUGCUCAAAGAGGAAAAUUUUAUUCACCCUAACUUUUCUUUUUUUGCAGGGAAAGUUAAACUCAUUAAAUGGCUUAAGCCAAAAAUUCUUUCAAACUUAACAUUGAUGCAGCUUACGAACCCGGCAGAUCAAGAGCACGAGCUAUCCUUCGAAACCACUUGGGACAUUUCAUCUUAGCACUCUGCUUCAACACCUCGGCCGAUUCCGUACUUGAUGCAGAAUUACAGGCGAUCCAUCAGGCAGCUAUGUGGAUUUCAGAGCAAGGCUUCACCAAGGUCACCUUUGAAUCAGACUCUAAACUUAGCAUUUCCCUCAUCAAAUACGGGAAACUAUCAGGCCAAAAUAGAAAACUCAUGGAGGAACUAAGAACGUGUGCUUUUAGGGGAGAUCACUUUUUCACUCACACCUACAGGGAAACGAAUGGACCGGCCCACCACAUGGCCCGUCACUUACCUAAGGAAAGUGAACGACUUACAUUUUGGACUCAUGACGCACUGCCGGCCAAAGUAAAGGAAGCACUCAGAAUUGACGCUUUGGGCCUUCCAUUCUUUCACUAUUAAUGUAUUUAUAUUUCAAUCUCAGGGUUAGGCCUCAUGUCCCC